UGCUCAUGAGCUUCCGGUUUACCUUUCUUGAUCUCUAACCUCCUCCUCCCUCCCUCCCCCAUCGCUAUGCCCAUAAUUGCACCCGUCGCAAAUAAUGGUGGCUCUCGUCGCUCUCUAAGCUGGUUCGUCGGUGGAGGUGCCCCCAUCAGCGCAGCACCCUGGAGUAGUGGGGUGGGGGAAGAACCCACGCCCGUCGUGCGGCCUCGCCGUGCUGUCACGGGCCACCAUUAUUUGCGACGCCUGCGAACGUGGGUUCCCCGAAUCCUGCAUCCACAUCUUUGGUCCGCUUAUGCGCCAGCCUCCACCACCACCGCUGCCCAGCCGCCCUGGUGUGCGGGUGCGGCGGCCUACGGUAGCGGUGACCCAGGACUGGAUGGGCAAGAGGGGUCAAAUUCUGGUCAAAAUUGUGAUGCAGGUAGUAUGGGUGAUGAAAUUGUGUCAAAAUCAAAGGAGCCAGCCCCUGAUACUGAUACUACUUCCUGUGAGGAAGCAUCAUCUUCAACAGCAGUCAAACCAACAAGAUUGCUGGCUGUUAACGGUGGCUUGGUUCUGGAGUCAUCACUGAGGCCGGUUACAGGAAGAAACUCUCAUAUCCUGAAGCAACAAAAGAUAAAUUUGCUUAAUAUAGAAGCAGCGUUGCCUGAGGAAGCUUUCAGAGCCUCAAAGUCUCAACAAAUGAGAAGGCGUUCAUGGCGUUCUUUUGUGAAGCGUGCAGAAUCAAUCUCCGAGAUGGUACUGGCGACCAGCAUGUUGGAGAGAGCGAUAAAAUCCGAAUUCUUGAAGAAUGAUUGUAUGUACUGGUCCUCCUUCACAGUAGCUAUCAAGACCUCAACUCUAUCCUCGCUCGCUCUCAGGAUAUACACUCUCCGCGACUGUAUCAUGUACACCAAGGAGCCUAACAUCGUGCUGGCGACAAAGGUUGUAAACAUGGGGAGGACAAGGAAAGAACCAGAACCAUCGGUGUCAUAAUCUGCGCCGCUUGAUCUAUUGUAUACCCCAAACUUAAGAUGUUCUGCAGAGCAGUGCAAAACAAUUUGAUGGUGAUAGAUAGAGAUGCUAUAGACAGUCUUCCGUUAUGUGGUCCCUUGAGACUUUAGGGCUAGCUUUUAUUCUGGUGUUCCUGCAAGGGUGCAACCUUGACCGUUCAUAUUAAUAAGUCAU